AUGGAGACUCGCACUUUGAUGCUGGAUCGAUACCUACUGACACACAGAGCGACGUUCCCCCAAUACGUCGAGGAACUGGAAGGUAUAGCAGAAGGCAGUGACGUGCCGUUCGAGACUAUUUUCAUUGAGAAUAUUGUAGAGGAAUUCUCCAACUCAUUCCCCCCGAGUUUCCAGAAUGGAAAUUUUCCUACUGAAUUGCGUCAUCUUAUUUUGAGAUGCUCGGAUAUUGUCUUGACAAGCUCGGAGAUGCAUGUGGUGGCUCAUAAUGAGGACUGUGGCGCGGUGGAUGUUAACCGCACGGCAAUCGUUAUUGCAAAAAUUGGAGAUGAAGCCAAAUUUGUUGCGUAUACGUAUCUGGGAGAUCUCCCAUCGGGGGCAUUCGGAUUCAACGAGAACGGCGUUGCAUUCACACUCAAUUUUGUGCAGCCGUCCGAGAUUUUUAUUGGUGGUCUUGGACGAGGAUUUAUAUCACAAGAUCUCCUGACAGCUGAAAAUGCCGAUGACGCGAUUGCAAUCAUCACUCGAGAGGGUCAAGCUGCUGGUCAUAACUUCCAGUUAAUGGACGUUCGAGCCAAGCGUGUGUGGAAUAUCGAGGUGGCGUCAUUCAACCGGCAUUUUAUCUACGAGUUCAAGGACAAUGCGAGUGCUGUGUCUGCGGUCUUUCACGCUAAUCAAUACCAACGGCUUCGGAUUGCGCAGCCUCCGUAUCAAAGUAGUCUCCAUCGACUACGUCGCUACAGUGAGUUGACGCCACCUACGAAUGUGGAUGAGGCGUUGACAGUGCUCGGCGACCAGGAAGAUCGAUCAUGGCCGGUGUUUCAUGAUUCUCUGUCCCAUAGUCGAGGCGAUCUGUCGGGUUGGACGCUCACGACCAUAGUCUUCGAUCUAAGCAAAGGGAAAGCUGUGUCAUUUUUGGAAAACCCCGUACAUCGUCCUCAACACCUAGUAUGGGACCUUUUCAAGUUGACUGUGCUGCCAGCAGAGGCCAAUAAAACACUAUGA